AUGGCUUCAGUUCCAAACACUCUGUCUCAGGGCUCUGAGGGCUACGACCAGCUUCGUCGCAAGUUCUUCAACACGCGAGUCCCUGAUGUCCACCCAACCGAGAUAGCUAGUCCAACCACCACAUCAGAGGUUGUGGCCGCCGUCAAGAGGGCGCGGGAACAUGACUGGAAGAUUGGCAUUCGUUCCGGUGGCCACUUGUUCUUCUGUAACGCACUGCUCGAGGGUGGUCUCCUUAUCGACACGCGUAAUCUGAACCGAGAUAUUGAAUACGACCCUGCGACCAACAUAGCUGCCAUCAGCCCUGGUCAUAGGGUUGAAGAUGUGACCAAGUUCCUCGAACCCCGUGGUAGGUUCUUCCCGACUGGCCAUUCCAGAUCUGUCGCUGUUGGCGGCUUCUUGCUUGCUGGUGGCCAGGGAUGCUUCCUACGCGGGUGGGGUUACACCGCCCCUACCUGGGUGACGCAGCUGGAAGUCGUCACCUCAGAGGGCAAGACAGUCAUUGCUAGUAAGACCCAGAAUUCCGACCUGUUCUGGGCAGCACCAGGCAGCGGACAAGGCUUCUUUGGAGUCAUCACCAGAAUUUGGGUCAAGACGAUUCCGACGAGAAAGCUCUUCGAUAUUACCAUGAUCGUUGAUUCCACUGAUAUCUUCAAGCCUCUCCUCAAGUGGACACUCGCAAUGUCCAGCAAAGUCCCCAAGUACGGCGUGGAUCUGUUCUACGCAACAUUUUACGCUGACAAGGACGACCCCAAUGGUGGCCAUGAGUCAGCCGCAAAGCGCGUCUUUCUUGCUAUCAACUUGACCAUCUUUGCUGAUUCUCUGGAUGAGGCCAAGGUAUUGGCCAGUCCGCUAGACUCCUUCCCUGAGGAAUUUGAGAAGCACAUUGUUACUACAGUUCCAUUGAUGGAAAGGACCUGGGAAGAGCUCUGGGGCCUUCAGGAAAGCUUUCAGCCUCAGGGAAACGGCGAAAGAUGGAAUGUCGACAGCAUUCUUGUUAUUGAUGCAAUCACCCCGGCCUUGUUCAACUUGCCCUCCCGUCUGUCCUCAGGCACAUUGUGCCCCAUAGACUAUUACCCCAAUGAGGUGGAUCAGGCUCUGAGUCUACCUCAGAAGACUUAUGUCUCCACCAUGCUCUGCUGGAAAGAUCCCAAGGAGGACGCAGCUAUGGAUAGAUGGUUGCUCGACGCAUAUACCAAGGCAGAUAAGGUAUCGUGCGGUGUAUACGUCGCCGAUUUUAACGAGAAGCACAGGAAGCCGAAGGUCAUGACAGACUCUGCGCUGAAGAAGUGGCUUGAGAUAAGGGACAAAUGGGAUCCCUCCGAGACUUUCAUUGGUCAUCGUGGGUUCAGUAGUGUUUUGGAUAAGAGCGCGGGUGAUGGUAGCAAGCUAUAG